UACUUUUAUGCCACAGAGCCCAUUCCUUGAUCAUGAUACUUUAUUUUGAGCAAUAAGACUGUACAUGAUAGCAUGAUGUACAAGAAUAUCAGUCAACCGUUGGACAGCAAUUCUCAGUUGAUGAGGGCGAGGAAUGUUCUUGAGACGCAAGUUCGACAUGGGUCCACAAAGCGGGAUAAUGUUCAACAUUUAGUUGAUGAUCUUUUACAGUUUGAUCUACCUGUUCCUGCACGAUACAAACAUCUUGAUGUUUUACGAAUUUUGGAGGAUAAUUGUGGGAGAAAUGGUCCUGGCCUCGGAGCACUUUUAAGAGGAUUGAGUAUAUUGGAAAGAUAUGGAAAAAAUUUAUUACGCUCAGAACGACCCGCGCAAUGGAGGGUUGUCAGAUUAUCGAACAAUAUAUUCAAACUCGAAGUUGAUAUUGUUAGGGGUGCAAGAGAUAUUUUGAAACUUCUCGGAUACACAACAUUAGUACUUGAUGGUCUGUCUUAUCCUGAAGAUAUUCUUGUACCUGAUGUACCUAUGAUCGCAUCGGUUACAGCAGAUAUUCUUUUGCUUCGACAAGAGUUGAUAAUGCUAGCACAUGGCGAACACAAACUUGAGAAAGAUUUUUAUCCCUAUAUUCCUAAGACGGAAAUUAGAGCAAUACAAACUGCUUAUCAAGAAAAAGUGAAGCCUAGUACUCCUGCUGCUCCAGCUACACCAGAACCUUCCUCGAGUUCAAAUGAUAUUUCAAAUAUGCCUGGUUCAUUACCGAACCCCCCAACAUAUGAAGCAGUCCUACAAGGUGCUGGUAGGAAAUUCGAUGAACCAAUGCUUCAAGAACCUGCAUCUUUCCAAGCUGUAAACCACAUUGGUAAUUCCAUAAACAAUAUUUCCAAUUCCGGAUUCAAAAACGUUUCUGUAAAGGAACAACAGCAGCCUACAGAAAUUUUAGAUGAAGAACUCUGUGAUAUUUGUGGCCAAAAAAAGAGCACAAUAAAAUGUCGAAAAUGUGAUAAAAUUUUUUGUGAAGGCUGUGAUAAGAUUUGGCAUAAUAAUCCGAAAAGAAGAAACCACUCUAGAGAUAUUAUUGAAAACGCUGCACCUCCUACUCGAGACGUGCCUGAAAGUAGCAUGAUGAAUUCACUAAACAAUGGUUAUGAAAAUCGCAUGCCUAAUGGAUCAAUGGGUAGUUUGGGCUAUUCCCCACAGCAUGGACAAAUUGCUUCACAAGAGCGAGCAGGGCUGGGCAAUCACAGCAAUCAACCAACAUUAUCUGGUGAGAGACUUCGUCCCACAAUGUACAGCAGAACUUCCACACUUUCAGAAGAUACUGAAUGGACAAGAAAGGUAAAUCGAAUGGCUACUGAAUUGAUGGACAUUGAAAAUCCAAUGGCAAAACGAGAGAAGUUAUUUCAGUGUUUAAAAGAUUUAGAUAAAGAGGCAUCUAAGUAUCAAAGCGGAAUUAAUCAGCUCUUAAGUAAAGCAGAUAAAAAACCAUCAUUGGCAAAUCAUUUUCAAGAAAAAAUUGAUAAAAUCGAAGACAUUAAGACACAGUUUAAAACUCUGUGUGGAUACGAAGAUCCACCACCAAGCUCUCAAAGUCAAGAAGCAUCAAUGGAGGUUCCAAUUCAGAGUAUGGAAUUCGGUAAUUUUUCAAACUUACCAAGCGAGGGCGGUUGGUCAUUCAAAUCGAGCAGAUCAGAAGUCGAAUCGAAUCUAGAUGAGAAUGUCGUUGCAUCGAUGCAACCAGCUUCUUCUGGACAUCGCAGUAGUUCAACAAAUUCUUUGCCGAACAUUUCAAAGCCGCUUGUGCCGGUAGCAAACUUGAUAGACUUUUCUCCUGAGGUUACUGGUGCAAAUUUAAUCAACCAUUCUGGUUUUUCUUACCCAAGUACAAAUAAUGGGCCCUUGAAUUUGACGUCUUCGCAAUAUGGAAAGGGAAACGAGAGAGCUAUCUCACCUAUUGAUGAAACAGUAAUCAAAUCUCCUGGGAGUGGAGGAGAUGCACAAUAUUUUGUACAGCCAAUGAGUACUUCAGCUAUGGAAGAUCCAGACUUACAAAGUGUAUUCAGCAUACCACCGUCAACAUUUGAGCCAUUAUCUCAUGAAAGCUUGAAACGAAUUUUCCCGAAUGAUCAAAAUGGAACAACACAACCAGCUAAAGUAAAUAAGAGCAGCCCUGAGCGCAAACCUUAUGUACCUGAAAUCGAAUCAGGUUUGCAUCAUAUGAACAUUGAAACGACUAUACCUAGCAAAGUGGUUGAACCAAAAAAGAAAUCUUCUGAGUUGAUAUUAAACAAAAAAUCACCCGACAGUGAAGAAGAAGACUUUCACAGUGCGGAGGAGGGUGAUAUACCUCUGAAAGCAAAUAUUGUUGGGAAUCGACUCGAAGAACCGAUUCUAAGCACAUCAACUGUAUUUCUCCCCAACAUAUCUCCGGAGGAUUUAAGAAAUCGGAUGAAGAAAGAAGAAAACAGAUUUCAAACUACGCAAUUCUUGGACUUGAUAAGGGCUGGGGAUUUGGAAAUGUUUCGUCCCGAUCAAGUACAAGUUGCAAUAAAGGAAUUAGAGAAGGAAAAAAAUGAUAUGAGGUUUACACCUAAUUCCUGGUUGGAAAGAAAUUGGAAAAAUCAUGUCAUGUCGUUUAUUGUUUUCGUGAAGGAAAAAGGAUACAAAAUAUCAGCGGAAAGUGCUGAAGAUGUUUUAUUAGAAGGAGAGUACAAUUUUGAAAAAGCUUUUGAAUUAAUUGUUGAUGCUCAACAUGAAAAGGUGAGAGAUCUCGGGGAAGAAUUUGGUUUCGAAGCUGCUCAGAAAGCAAUGUCUGCUAAUAGAGGGGAUAGAUAUCUGGCAAGAACCUCUUUACAGAAAGAUCAUUUACAGGAUAUUUACAAAGAAUUCAUUGAGAAAGAAGCUGAUGAUGAACCUGAUGUUGUGACGUUUAAACGUGCGCUAGAAAUUGACAAAAACGAAUUGUUGAAAAACCAUGCAUUUGUAGCCAUAUUUGAUUUCAAGCAAGUGCCUCGUGCCGAAACGUUGAAUGCAUUGUUGGAAAUCUUACCAGAUGAACUUCUGUCUACCUUACUACAAGACGCAAUUGAAGCUAUCUCCAGUGAUAAUGAUAUGAUAGAUGUUGAUAAUGCCAUUCGUUAUCUUGAUAAUGAAUGCAUGAUAUGUACGGAGAAGUUCCCUCAAAGUAAAAUUACAUGCCUGCCAACCUGUGGUGACAAUGGAUGUAAUUAUUGUAGAUCUUGUUUGGAGCAACAUCUAGCCAUAUGUGUCACAGAUAAAAACAUAAGGGAUAUUGUCUGUCCUGUGUGCUCACAACCUGAAACAAACAGUGAUGAAGAAACGUUGUUAAAUUUUUUCAGCCAUGUUGAUGCUAUUCUUCGGCAUAUGCCAGACAAGAAAUAUCAUGAUAUUUUUUUACAAAAAUCUCGCGAUUUUACUUUGAUGAGAUUGCCAAACUUCAGAUGGUGUUCACAUUGCAGCGGUGGAUUUCAAUAUGAAUAUGACGCUGAAAAUAAUAAUUUAAAGAUGGUUUGUCCAUUUUGCAGAAAGGGAACAUGUUACAAAUGUAAAAAGAACUGGGAAUCCCAACAUGAUGGUAUCACUUGUGAACAAUUCCAGCGUUGGAAAGAACAAAACGAUCCAGAGUUUCAAGCAGUUGGUCUUGCUCGUCAUCUAAAAGAAAAUGGAAUAGAUUGUCCCGACUGCAAUUUCCGUUAUGCUCUUGCAAAAGGUGGAUGUAUGCAUUUCAAAUGCACUCAGUGUUCACAUGAAUUCUGUAGUGGAUGUGCAAGUGCUUUCAAAAAUGGAAAAAAAUGUGGUAAAUUUCCAACAUGUCAUUCAAGAGGACUACAUGCUCACCAUCCUCGUGAUUGCUUGUUUUACUUGAGAGAUUACAAUCCAUCUCAACUUCAAAAACUUUUACGUGAUAAUAACAUACAAUACAACACAAAAGGAGGGAAUCAAAAAACGUGUGAGGUUAUGGAACAGAAAGAUACUCCCGAUGGACUGAAAGAUGAUGCUUGUGGACGUAAUGUAAUGAAUAAUUGUGCUGGGUUGUGCAAGCUUCAUUAUAUUGAAUAUCUGGUUAAUCUUGUUAACAUUCAUCGUCUGGAUCCAGCAGAUAUUUUUACGGUUGAUGAAUUGAAAACUUGCUUGAGAAGAGAAGAUAUUGAUAUCCCACAGAAAAAGGCAAGGGAAAGUGAAGACACUUAUCGUAAAACUCUGCUUGCGGAAGUUAAAAAAUUGCCAUUGAAAAGACAAGGUGAGAAUGAAGAUGUUGAAAUGGACAAAUGAAUCUUGACAGAGAUAUUUACGUAAUACAACAAAUGCAACAGUUCAUUUUUGCACCAGUAAUGAUAUAAGAUUCAGUCUGCGUGUUAUAUUCUAUAUUGUUUGAAUAUAUUUAGGAAUCUAUGAAGUUUAACUAUGUAAUAAGGAAUGUUAUUUUUAUUAUAAAGCAAAGAUUUUUAAACCAGCUAAAAAAAAUUUCAAGAAAAUAAUAGCCUAAGUAUUUGUAUCAAAUUUGUUUGAAGAAAGUUUAGCCUCAAUUGUGCGAAACCACAAUUGAAAAAAGGAAAUAUCGAUGAAAGGAAUGUCAUAAAUUACCACUGAAGUAUCAAGAAUUACAUAUCAAUUUAACAUGACAAAUAAUAUGUCAGUAGUUAUGGGUUGAUAAUAACAAGUGGUCCAUUUCACGAGUUAUUCGCAUUUGUUUGCUUCAUUAUCAUUAGUAAAAAACUCCUAUAUGAUCACUACUGUACUGUAUGGAAAAAAGCACAGUGCAACCAAGAUCAAGGUUUUCCAUCCUUAUUCCCUUCACAAAUUUCGAAAGGAAAAUUCCCCUUGUUAUUCGUUUAUUUUGCAACAGAUGAUGUUGUAACUUCCAUGGUGUUGCAAUAUUCCAUUUGAUCAUGUAAUCGAGUCCAAGCCAUAUGUUUAUUCGAGUGUUCUCGCUCCCAGGAUAAAUAUGUAAUGAAAGGAAAUGAUCCACCUGCAAAGCUGGUCGAAUUCACCUCAAAGUGUUUAAAUCACCAUGCGAUUAAAAACCCCUGUCCUGAACGCUAUUUGUUCUCAUCUAGCAGAAAAAAAUAUAAUAUUCUCUCAAUUUGUGAAUAAUUUAAAAUUGAUUUUUUUUCAUCCCGCUAAGCUGGUGAAUUUUAAUUGGUCUAGUCCAGCACCAUGCCAAUGUGACUUGUGUUCCCUUCGCUGUAUGUACUUUUUGCUAUAUAUAUACCCUAUGCAUUGAUUCAGUGUGUUAUAUUUGUCGACAUGGUCCUAGUUUGCUAUCUCAUGCAUGGUUUAUGAAUGUAUCGGUAAUUCAUAAGUACAUUAAAUUCACUCAUAAAA